GCUUAAUUCGAAAACUCCUUGCAAACAACGCUUUUAAUUGACAAACCACGGCAGCCAAGUUAGCCUUGUAAAAAUUAUAACCUCCGUGGUUCUCGAACCCUCGCGGGCAUUUACGAAAAUUUCGUAUUUUCCACGAGUGAAUCAAGGCUGUUCGCCUCGAACUGCAAAUACCAAAACCAACCCUACUUGCCGUAACGACCCUACUGUGAUAGAAUCACACGGAAGACAGUCUCUGUCGCGAGCAAUCGCUACCAUAUUUGCCGUUUGCUCUUAGAGUAUAUCAUCUCAUUUUGCCCGGCAUUGACAAACCUUGUGCUCUGCCUACUCUUUCCGCGCUCGCUCAACCCCAAACAUCAUCAAGAUGUUCAAUACGGAGAGACCAACUAAGCGGGCGCGUAUACCUGGGCUCUGGGACUCAAAUGUGGGUGACGCAACAUCCGAGAUAGAUAUCAGCGCGGCGCGUCAAGCAAAUGAUAUGCGAUUGAAGUCUCGUUUUGAAGACAUAUUUGAAAAAUAUGGAAAGGACUUCAGCUCUGUCGGGGACGAGAUUGACUUGGCGACGGGCAAUAUCGUCAUUGACAAUGGGCAUAUUGAAAGGAUGACAAAUGAACAAGACCUUGGUGCGCAGCCGUGGAAAUACGAUUUCGACCCCCUUGGUGAACCUGAGUUCGUUACGGAAAAUGUCGCUGAAACCCCAGACGCCCCGAUAGGAAAAUGGAUGAACCAAAAUGGAAAACCUACAGAUCUUGAAAGACCAUUCUCAAGAAAUCAUAUGAGUUUUGACUUUGCUCCCGGAAGUUAUAGCGACCAUAUCGAACUUUCCGGCGGAAGCCAGACCGAUUUUGACCAAGGACACCCAAAGCCAAGCUCGCGUUCUGUAGACCCCUGCUGGCAAACUCCAGAAAUCGAUGAGCGACUUUUUGGAUCUUCCCCAGUCCCCGCCGCGCCUCCGACUUUUCCAAGGAACCGAACAGCUUCGCCACCAAAUUCUGGAUCUCUAUGGGCACUCCCGCAGACUCGUCGAAAGAAAUCGCAACGCACAAACGGUGGUAAACCUCACAGAGCGCUAAAAGUACGAUUACCGUCAAGGCCCGGAAGCUCUGGACGUGUUUCGGAUUCGGAUUCGGAUGACCCUUUGCAAAACACCUUACCUUCACUUUCCACACCACCCAAAAUUAAUAUCACUGAUGAAGCUAAGAAUGUCAUUGACACGCCAUCGCCAAUCGCGGAAGAACCUAUGGCUCCCGUUGAGCCUUCCCCUCCAUUGUCAGAGCAUGUCCUAAGCGCGGAAGAGAAAAAUGAUCAGCAGCCAGAGAAAGGGACUCCAGAAACAUCAACCCCGACCCCCGCCAAACGCAACCGGAAAGUAUCUGUGGAAUCACCGUUACUGCAAGAGAAUGGUGCUAUAGAGAAUGAGAUACUGGCUGCCCCAGAUGGUGGUAUACCUUUAGAAGAGUCCCAGUCAAUGACACAUAGAGCCAUAUCCCAACAGGAAACGAAACUGAGCGCCGCAAUCAACCCUUUCACACCCAGUGAAAUACAAAUAAUCUUAACUCAAAGAGUAGUUCAGAAGCUCCCAUGGAAAGAGGUGUCCCGAUCCGUACCCAACAGGACCUCCGGUCAGUUGAGACAGUGGUACUAUGUCCAGUCUACUGAUAUCAAAAACUGCCCACAAUCACUGAUACCUUUAACGGCUAAAGAGAAGGAUCAACUCGAGGCUUUCAAGUCAAAAUCUGAUGUAACAUGGGAAGACUUGGAAGCCGUAUUGGAAAAUCAAACGAGAAAUGAGAUAAAGUGUAAAUGGGCUGAGAUGUGCCUCGGGGAAAUGUGGGAGGACUGGAAAAACUCCCAUUAUUUACAUGCUCAGCGUCAAGACGGAGAUUUCAUGACACCGCCCAAACUACCCAAAAGACGGCUAACCGCAAAAUCACCCUCACCAACGAAGCUUUCAGAGACUGUUCAAAUAACCACACCUUCACGGACACCGCGGAAGCGGUCCGUUUUUCCUACCGAACCACCAAAACUAGUUGAUGAAAGUUCAGACAGUGAUGAUCCUUUCUCACAGGCUUUUGCUUCAGCUUGGCCGGGAUCAGGCUUGUCGGCGAUCCAAAUCGACACACCCCCCAAGCCUCGCAAUCCGCAGAAGAGACAGAGCUUUCCGAUGGUUAAGAACUCGCCCUGGGUUGAUCGGUCCGGCUCAACUUGAUCCAGAUAGUGGAUUUGAGAAGAAAAGGAAAAAUACCCUCUAUAUAUGAUCGAACCAUUCUGGAAUAUUUAUUUUAUACAUAUAUACCAGCUAUUAUUCGUCCCCCUUUGCAUUGAGGACGUCUUCAAGUUUAGUGUCAACAGCACUCCCCACAUUGCCAGCUUUUUCCCAGAACUUCGAUAAAUGCCGUGUCCCUGAAUCGCAAAGUAUGGUCACGAUCCUAUGCCCGGGUCCGAGCUUCAAAGCUGUCUUAACUGCUGCGAAGCCUAGAUUCAAAAUCUAAGUUAGUCACUAUCCUAAGAAGGAGAGAAUCGUGGUUUAGCGAGAACACAUACAAUUAACCGCGCUGCUACUUCCGAUAAAAAUACCGUCCUUCUCCACCAACCACCUCGCCAUCGCAAUAGCCUGGGCGUCCGUGACCCUAACAGCAUCAUCGACCAACUCCCUCCCAGCCUCAAAGUUUACGGUAACACGGUUAAUGCCGAUACCUUCAACAAUAGUGUCCACCUGUCUCCUCCUCCGCGUUCCCUCGCGCUCUUUCACGUCAAACAUAACCCCAUAACGGACGCGGUUAAAGAGCCCGCUUCCUUGCGGAUCCGCCAGCACGACAGACAUAUUGGGAAGACGAGGUUUAAGGAAGAGUGCGACGCCUGAUAUAGUGCCGCCGGUGCCCGCACCAGCAACGAAUGCAUCUAAUUUGCCCUCGCACUGGGCGAAAAUCUCUGGACCAGUCGUUCGAUAGUGGGCCUGCCAAUUAGCGGGGUUUUCAAAUUGGUCGGCGAAGAAGCCUCGACCUUGUUUCCCAGCAGCUCGCGACGCCAGCAAAUCUUCAUCUGGCGUUUCGGUUAUUUCAUGCGUUUGAUGACGAUGAUGGCUAGGAGUCGACGAAGUGCGUGUUAGAGAUGAUUCUGGGGACGGAGAGUGAGAUUUUGCGAGCGCACGCGCUCUGUUUACGAAAUGUCCUGUUUCUACAAUUGGGGCUGGCGGUACACGGUCUACUAUGGCACCUAGUUUGAGCAGGAGAUUCGACUUCUCUGUGGAUUGGUCGGACGGCAUGCAUCUAUAGGGUUUUCCAGUAUUAAUAUAUGAACGUGAUCGCUCUAUAUAUAGAUAUAGAGGAUAAGCAAUUGACCAAGAUGUUACAGGUAAACCAUACAUAUGUGCUAAGUAACCCCUGGCUCUGGCUAGCGUAGCGAGUGAAAUGCCCGUAGAUCCCACAGUGCCUUCGUAGAUGGCGUCUCCAGAGUAAGGAUGGAGCAGACCGUUCUCUUCUGCCUGAAUGAGGAGUCAGGGUAUAGAAUGGUGUUAUAUGGGGGUUGUUUUCAGAACUGACCGUCUGUAUAAUACUCAGUGCCACUCGAUCUUUAGGACUUCCUCCGGCGCCAUUGAGAAACUAAAUGAGUAGUGUCAGAGAGUUAAAAAUACACAAUCUGAAUAUAAAUGUGAUAGCAAUUGAUUUCAAUACAUACCUCAG